GUCAGUUUUUCGUUUACUUCCGGUAAUAUUUAUUGACUUUACGAAAACUAGUCGAUUUAUUAGUUUAUUUCAGUAUUUUGCCAAAUAGACAUGUAAUUAUCAAAGGCUGUUUACCGUCCAAAUUAUGGCUUCUGCACAACAAGCGACUGUGUCUACCAGUGACACUCUUCUGGAACAUGAACAGCCACCUGACCAUAGUCCAACACUGAGGUUGAAGUUAAGAAAACCAAAGAAUGACAAGAAAGUGAAAUGGACCACAGAGACUGUGGACAAUGAGCACAUGAAUAAGAAAAAAUCAAAAUGCUGUUGUCAGUAUCAAAAACCAAAGAUGUUUGGUGAAUCAUCAUCUGAGGAUGAAGACGAUUGUAAGAGCUGUAGCGGUCACAAGGACAAAUGCUUUCGAGAUGGGGAUAAUCAAAAUGCUCCAGGAAAUGGUCCGAUGGAAGGAGGAAGUUCAGAACACUGACCAGUUUUAAUUCUAGUGAUAUAUGAAGAGCAUGGUAGGACAAUAUACUGGAACAUGUCUGUGAUCACAAGAAAACGCCACAGGAAAACGUCCUGUCUUGUUGCUGUUUUCAAAGUCUGUGUUCCCUCACACUAAAUAUGGUUCAUUGAAUUUCUCACUCAAUUUCAUGGCAACCCAUCAUUGAGGACUAUUCUUUGAAAAAGUGCUGUUUUUCUACUGAUCCUUGUGUUACAUUGUCAGCAUUGGAUUAAAGGUGAGAACUGUGGUAUUACAUACAUCUGAACAUUUACACAGACAUUUUGAAUGCUGUGUUAGCCAAGUCAUUUUUCCCGUUGAUAUAUUUCAUAACAUCAAGGAUUUUCUGGUAACAUACUGUAGUGGUGACUGAAAACAAACUUUGUUAUUUUUGUUUUUGGAAUGUCACUGUCUGUAUAAUAACAUGUUAAGCAGCAGGAUACAUUUCAUCUUUAUAUACACUGAAACAUGUUGUCUGUGUAACACAAACAAUACAGAAAUUUCAUUCUGAACAGAUUCCACCGAGAGAUUUGACUUACUUAAUUCAGUUAUUUUACUUUUAUGAACGAAAUGCCAUAUCACAUAACAGCAUCAGUCAUAUUUUGAAGUAUGCAUCUAUUUUCAGUUUCCAAACAUUGUUUUAGCUCCAAUGAUAAAGUGUCGAACUGGUUUCUAGUUGUCUCUGUCAGUUCUUAGAAUAAGUACCUGACAUGGACGGUGCUGAUAUUUUGCUACUUCAACAACAGAUUUUGCAGAUUCAUUAAGUCUGAUAUGAUAAUAACUAGGUAUGUAGUGUAGGUCAGCCAAUAAUGGGUCAUUUUCCAUUAUGUUGUGGUCAGAGGUCUACUUUGAGUGCUGGCUAGGGUCAAAGUUUAACAUGGAAUAUUAUUGAUAAAAAGAAUUUUCUUUUCAUGCCCCAGAAAACCCCAGUUAAUGGUAUCUUUUACCAACAGGCAUCUAGGACGGAAUGGUAUCAAACUUUUUCCAGUACUUUAAAUGACCUUGAACUGCUUUUAAGGUCACAUAAGACAAAUAUGUUGUACUAAUAAGGAACUCAAUGUAGACAGAUGAGACAUGGAGUUAGAAACAAGGAAAUUUGCAGCCAAAUUGCACCACUAUUUUCAAUAAUCAUUUUUCUACAUUAUAGGAUACAGACACCCUAGAUCUGUCAUUCUCACAGUAUUUAUCUUGCAAUAAGCUCAGGGGCCAACACUUCAACUUUGUCCCAGGGUUAUGUAGGUGGUGGGAUUAUUAUAAGGACAAUAAAAGAACUUUUGUUAGGAUCUUUGCUGGACUACAAUAGACAUGGAUGGGCUUAUUGCUGAAUUAAUGUUGGCCAAAUACAGUGUUCUUUUUAUUGUUGAUAUUUAUAUUUUAUUCAUUUUGGUAGUUAUAGAGAACAUUUUAGGUGCAAAUUUAGGUUAAUGAAAUUUCUUGUAAAUUUUCAAGGAGCACCACAUACAAGAUAGAACAUGAGGUGUAAACUGGUUCAUGCUUAAUCCGCAGUAUCAAAAAAUUAGGUAGCGGAAAUCCAAGUAAAACGGGUGACUUAAAUGAAAUCUACAUCUACAAAUGUUUAUGUAUUGUUCAAAGUUUAGUUUGGAUAUGUUAUGACUCCAUCUAGUACUAGUCAUUUACUGCUUCUUUACUUCAUAACCAACAAAAUUGUUGUAUUGAUUAUAUAUACAUGUAUAUAUUUAUAUGAUUGUAAAAGAAAGAAAAAACACAUAUAUCCAGGUCCCAUAACAAUGACAUUAAACCCACAGUAUUUCUGGUGAAGAGUAUCUUGAUAUAUAUGUAGCUGGGGGUAAAGACUACACUACAAGUACAAUUUGUUUGUUUCAACAUAAUGGUUGAUAGAUGUAUGAUUUUUUAUAUUGUUUGCCUAAUUUAUUUUGUAAAUAAACAAAAUAUUCUUGUAUUAAAAUCGUA